AACGAGCAGGGCGCCAGCCCGGUCUCUGCCCGCUUCCCCCGCUUCGUUCCGUGGUUCUGGGUGCUGCCCGACAGGCCUGUUGCCGGGCCCGGAGCGGUUUGAAAAGCGAGCGUUGUUGUUGAUGUUGCUAAGCUACUCGGCUUCCCCGGUAGCGCCGCGGUCUCUUCGGGUCAUCGUACGCUGCCCUGACAACGGCCGGGAAUUUAUUUGUGUUCUGCUUAAAACUAAAUUCCUAAAUUCGCAUUUAGUGGCACUUUGCUGAAAAUGGCAGAUGAAUUAGAAAAGUUCCUUGAGGAACAAAGGGCCAAAUUAGCACAAGAUAAACUCAAGCUGGGCCAAGAUCCACCAUAUAUGGAAAUGCGAACAAAAUCUUCAGAACCACUUGGUGCCACCAAUCAAGCAGUUGACUCAACAGCCAAUGGAAAUAGCCUCCCAAUUAUUCAGCCUACAAAACAAUAUCCACAUACCGAUAGAUCUAAAGAAGAAAACUAUGGGUUAAGCCUGCCACUUGGAUUAGAAUAUGAUCAAAAGAAGCAGAAAUUGAAGGAAGAACUUCGACAAGACUACAGACGCUAUAUGGCUGAGAAAAAUUCUAGGAUUGAAAGGGAGUUGCAGCCAACAGUUGAAAACCUUUCACUUCCCAUUUCUGACAGAAAAUCAGCAAAGGACAGAUUGAGAAUAGAAAGAAACCAAGAAUACAAUGAAUUAUUAAGAGAACAAGAUAAAUAUGAGCAAUUAAGAAGAGAUGGCAGAUGGAUUCCAAAGGAAAAUAUCGAUCCUUCGGAUGAAUCCGGAUUUCAGGCUGCACGUCGUUUAAGAUCUGGUCAACAACCACAUGAAUCUGUUUCUUAUAAGAAUGAUUCACGUACAAUGGAGGCCUAUGAAAAGUUGUUGAAUAAAAAGCGUCAGGAAGAGGAUAGAUAUCGCAGUUCUGAUGAUCCUGAGGUUGGUCAUCGAAGAAAUGUGCAGACACAAACAGAAAGAUCAGGGGAUUAUGAAAAUAAUUUUCCGGAUUCAAGCAAGUACUUUCAGAGAUUGAAAAAUGAAUACAGGCAGUACAAAGAGCGGUAUGAUCAGGAGCUUCCACUGUACAUUCAAGAUGAAUAUAAGAAAGAGUACAGAAGGCGUCCUGUUUCAGCCACAGAAAAAUCUAGAUAUUUAAUAAAUGAAGUACCUGAUUCACCAAGAGAACGCUCCAAGUCUGCUUUAGUGAAAGAUGAUGCCAUAUUUGGUACUGGUUUAUUAUUAGGUAACAAUGAACGUGAGAGUGCUCAAAGAAGAAGAAUGGAAAGAUACAGACAAGAAUUGUUAGAACAAAUAUCAGAAAGGCAGAAAAGCAAGAAAAGGGAGAAGGAGCUUGAACUCAAUGUUGCUGCUUCAGGAGCUGUUGAUCCAGAGAAGGAACCAGAUCGAAUAAGGCAGUUUGGUGCUAUUACGCACCAACAUAAUUCCCGCAGACAUGCUGCCGCUGACCAAAAACGUAAAGUCCAUAUUGGAAAAUAUUCAAGUGAUGACCGAUCUGCUGAGGAACAGCCACCAGAGCGACCCAGGGUAGCUUUCCAGGCUCCUGCAGCUGAUGAAAGGAAUCACAAUGUUGGUCUGACUGAUAGAAUGUGGAAUCCUCUUAGGAAUUUAACAGCUCCAAGGGUCACUACUGUUCCUCCCCCUCCACCACCUGUGCUGACCGAACAUUACCAUACACCUUAUGACAAUGCAUAUUAUUUUUAUGGGGCUAGAAAUCCCUUGGAUCCAAACUUGGCUUACUAUGGUCCAGGAGUAAUUGGAACGCAUCCUGUAUCCUUGAUCAACCCUCAAAAUGGGCUGUCCAACGUACCCACCAUGCAAGGUUAUCUACAUAAUUCCUCUGUAGAUCAAUCUUAUGUGCCAAAUGUUCGUGAUGCCUCUACUGCUAAGAACUUAGAUGGUGGAUUCUUGCCAGAGCAACAAGCAGUUUUAUUAAAAGAAAGUGCUCAAACUUACCAGGAUUUCUUGAAAAAGCAGAUGUGCUGGGUGCGUCCCGGCUAUCGCUGUACCCCUGCAUGCUUUGCGGAUCGGGAUCAGUCGCUGCCUGCAGGUUGGAGGCCACUGCACCACCCCAACCUCCGACGACUCAGCCUACACACCAUCAUCAGUGUGCUCUGCACUGUCUUCCCGAUUCUAAUGCAAGAAAGAGAGGAAAGGAAGAGAAAAGAAAAGGAGGAAGCAGAGAGAUAUGAUGCAAAACUUGAGCAGGAAAUGAAAAUAUACAAUCCAUGGGGAAGAGGAGGAGGAGGAGCACCUCUUAGAGAUGCAGAAGGAAAUUUGCUAACUGAUCUGAAGAAAAUGCAUAAGCAGAAUGAAAAUGCCUAUAGAGACUUCCCUCAUCAAGGAAAUCAAGACUCCAGAGAUACAGUACCCUUUAAUUUGAACUUAACCAGACCAGGUGCGGAUACUCCUCAACAGAAAGCCCAAGGGUUUACAUUUGCAAAUGCAUCACAGAUUUCCCAAGGAAACCCAAUGAUUGAACAACAUACUGAAAGAAAAGUACCUGAUCAGGAAAAAUAUAAAGAAUACCUACGCUUACAAAUCGAGGAAAAGCGACGCAAAGCAGAAGAAGAACGUGAAAAAUGUAAACUUGAAGAGCAACGAGAGGAAAAACGAUUAGCUGAACAGAGAGCACGAAUUGCAAAAGAACUUGAGGAGGAGCAAGAAAAGAAACGACGUAAAGAAGAGGAGCAAAGGCUUAAAAAUGAAGAAAUUGUGCGGUUGGCUGAAGAACGUCGAAAAUUAGUGGAAAAAAAACGAAAAGAAGAAGAAGAAAAGCUGGAGGAGUUGUUCCGACAGCAAGCAGAAAGGGAACAGUCUGCAAGGGCAGAUGAGAAGAGACCACCUUCCCCACCAAUUCCAACUGUGAAGAACAAACAGUUUACAUUUCCAAGAGCUGAUUUGUCUCCUGUAAAUGGCUCCAUGCACGAAUUAGACUUGGAUCAUCCACAUUCAGGGACCAAGUCGCCACCUGUUCCUGCUAGACGGAAUCAGCUUCGAGCGCAUGAAGAAAAGAGAGAUAUAAUUAGUGAACUAUCAGCUUUGAGAAGACAGCUGCGAAGUGAGGAACGUCGUCUUGAGGACCAGUUUCAAAAUGCUGAUAUAGAAGAUGAUGGAGCAGUUGCAAAUGUCAGGAAGCGAGAAAGAAAUCAAGUUGAUGUUUUUGACUUGGCCAGGCAGCGUAUACAGGCCCUGGUACACCGACCUUCUUCAAAAGGAAUGGAAUCUGUUAAUUUACAAAACAUUAGAGAGUUCAAUGACCUGAAGUACAGAGAUUCAGCAACACGUGCUCAAGUAAGACAAAUGUAUCCAGACCCUCCAAGCGAUAGUAACACACUGGAGAUUCAACAGGAGGCCUUAUUAAGAGAGCAGAAGAAGAAACUGGAUGGUAUGAAAAGGAAAGAAGCAGUUUCCAAUAUGAAUUCGCACCAUAUUGAUUUGAAGACCAGAGAUUCACAGGAAGAUUUGACAAAAAACUCAUUGCUGGAAUCAGAAAGUGCCUUUAUAGGAAGUCAUGGAGAAACCUUCCAUUAUCCUGCAGAUGCUGAGACAACAAGAAGUAAAUUACCUCCUCGUGAAAGACGCCGUCGGAAUCAAAGCAGACAGAACUUGGAAUCUGAAAGUCGUCUUGCUGUGCAACCCAUAUCACAGCUAGAUUCCAUCUCUCUACACUCUGUGUCCAGUUUUAAUUUGGAUCAAGUAAGAGCCAGAAAUGAACAGCGAAUGAAACGUUUGCAAGAUCUUCAGCAUUCAGGUAAUAUCACAGUGGAAGAUGAUGACAUUCUGAGCCAAUUCAUUUCAAAAGAUCAGGGAAGGCCAGUCUCUGUUGAAACAGAGGCUACGGAGGUAUGGUUACGACCAGGAACAUCAGAAACUUUAAAGAGGUUUAUGUCUGAUCACACACAGCUUGACCGAGGACCUUCAGCCAAUACAUCUGCUUUCAACUGGAGAAGUCAAAGGCACUUUACAAUAAAUGACUGAUUUGGCUGGGAAAAUUAAUGAAUAUAUUUGCCUUCAUGAGGGAAAAGUAGACAUUAUUGCUGCACUUUGUUACUUGGGUAAAGUUCAGGUUAUUGUAUACAAAUGAUUUUCUCCUGCAAACCAAUUUGUGGCCUUUAAUGAAAUGCAAAACAACCUCAAAGAAUCUUUUAUCUAUUUGCUGUUUUUCACCAAACGUAUAUUGAAAUGAUUUCCACAUGAUCAACAAUUCAGAAAAUUACACUGGAAAAGGUCGAAUCAAAUUUUGAAUAUUAAACCUGGCACCAACCUGUGCUGCUAACUGAAUGUAACUUCUAUUUUUUUCAUUCAUGAUUUUAUAACUUAUGUUGAUAUUCAAAUUUGUUGCAAUGAACGUGUGUUUAAAAUAAAUCUUAGUAAAGCUGUAUUUUAAAAGGAAAUUUAUAGUUACCUCAGCAUUGAUAUAUAAUACAGAUGCAGGUAUGACUAUUCUUCCUGUGCCCUGUGUAUUAAACAUUUCAAUCCUGGGAAAAAGAUACUGUCUGUUGACUCAUUGUCUUAUAAACCUCUAUCAGAUCUUCACUCAACCUCUGCCACUCCAUAGAAAACAACCCAAGUUUGUCUAACCUCUUGUUAUAGCAUAUGCCCUCUAUUUCAGGCAGCAUCCUGGUAAACCUCUUCUGCACCCUCUUCAAACGCAUUACAUCGUUCCUAUGGGGCAACCAGAAUUGUAUGUAAUACUCCAGAUGUGGUCUAACAAGAGUUUUUUUUCAAGCUGUAAUAUUCUGAUUUUUGAACUCUAUCUAAGAAAGACAAGCAUGCCAUGUGCCUUCUUAACCACCCUAUUAACUUGUGUAUUAACUUUCAGGGAGCUAUGAACCCCAUGAUCCCUCUGCUCAUCAACACUGUUGAGGGUUUGUAAGACAUAGGAGAAAAUUAGGCCAUUCAGACUGUUGAGUCUGCUCUGCUAUUCCAUCAUGGCUGAUUUAUUAUCCCCCUCAACCCCAUUCUCCUGCCUUCUCUCCAUAACCUUUGUACCUUGACUAGUCAAGAAAAUAUCAACCUCAGCUUUAAAUGUACUCAAUGACUUGUCCUCCACAGCUGUCUAUGGUGAUGAAGUACACAGAUUUGCUGCCCUCUGGUUAAAGAAACUCCAUUUCAUCUCUGUUCUUAAUGGACGUCCCUGUAUUCUGAGGCUGUGCCCUCUGGGCCUAGACUCACCCCCUAUCCACAUCCACUCUAUCCAGGCCUUUUAAUAUUCAAUAGGAUUCGAUAGAUUUCAUUGAGUUUCCCGCCCCCUCAAUCCUUCCAAACUACAGUGAGUGCAGACCCAGAGCCAUCAAAUGCUCCUCAUACAUUAACCUUUUCAUACCCAAAAUCAUUCACCUCUGACCCCUCUCCAAUGCCAGCAACAUCCUUGCUUAGAUUAGGGGUUCAAAACUGCUCUCAAUACUCCCAAGUGCAGUCUGACCAAUGCCUUAUAAAGCCUCAGCAUUAGAUCCUUGGUAUUAUAUUCUAGUCCACUCGAAAUUAAUACUAACAUUGUGUUUGCCUUCCUUACUUCCGAAUCAACUUAAAAGUUAACCAUAGGGAAUCCUACACAAUGACUCCCAAAUCCCUUUGCAUCUCUGAUUUCUGAAUUUCCUUCCUGUUUAGAAAAUAGACUAUUCCUUUAUUCCUUCUACCAAAGUACAUGACCAUACACUUCCCUACCCUACUUUCCACCUGCCACUUCUUCCAAUCUGUCUAAGUCUGUAGACUCGCUGCUUCCUCAACACUACCUGCCCCCUUCUUAUCGUCUGCAAACUUGGCCAUGAUACCAUCAAUUUCAUAAUCCAAAUCAUUGACAUAUAACAUGAAAAGAAGCAGUUUCGAUAUCAACCCCUACGGAAUACUAGCAGCCAACGAGAACAGGCCCCCUUUAUUCCCACUCUUUGCCUCCUGCCAGUCAGGCAAUCUUCCAUGCAACACCAUGGGCUCCUAUCUUUUGAAAAUCCAAGUAACAUCCAUUGACUCUCCUUUGUUUAUCCUGCCUGUUAUUUCCUCAAAGAAUUCGGACAGAUUUGUUAGGCAAGAUUUUCCCUUAAAGAAACCAUGUUGACUUUGGCCUAUUUUAUCAUGUGCCUCCAAGUACUCCAAAGCCUCAUCCUUAAUAAUUGACUCCAACAUCUUCCCAACAACUGACGACAGGUUAACUGGCCUAUAAUUUCUUUUGCCUCCCUCUUUUCUUAAAGAGUGGCGUGAUAUUUGCACUUAUCUAGUCCCCUGGAAUUAUUACAGAAUCUGGUGAUUCUUGAAAGAUCACUGCUAAUGCUGUCACAAUAUAUUCAAAACCCUGGGUGGGAUGUAUUCCAUCUGGACUUGCGUACCUUCAGACAUCUCAGCUUCCCAAGCGCCCUCUCUUUAGUAAUAGCAACCGCACUCUCUUCUAUCACCGACACUCUUGAAUUUCUAGCAUACUGCUGGUGUCUUCCACAGUGUGGACUGAUGUAAAAUACACAAGUUUGCCUGCCAUUUCUCCAUCCCUAUUACUACCUCUCCAGCGUCAUUUUCCAGUGGUCGGAUAUCCAUUCUCACCUCUCGUUUACUCUUUAUAUAAUCACCAAUGCCCUUGAAAGAAAGGCCUACAAAAAGUAGUGGAUAUGGCUCAGUCCAUCAUGGGUAAAGCUCUCGCCACCAAUGAGCACAUCUACACAAAACACUGUUGCAAGAAAGCAGUAUUCAUCAUCAAGGACCCACACUCCAGGCUAUGCUGUCUUCUUGCUGCUGCCAUCGGGAAAAAUGUGCAGGAACCUCAUGACAACACCACCAGGUUCAGGGACAGUUAGUACCCCUCAACAAUCAGGCUCUUGAAUUACAGGGGAUAACUUCACUUGUACUAUCACUGACCCCAUCACUGAACUGUUCCCACAACCUAUCCAACUCACUUUCAAGGACUCUUCAUGUUCUGGAUACUUAUAGCGUAGUUAUUUAUUAUUAUUAUUCUUUCUUUUUGUAUUUGCUCUGCUCAUUGUCUUUUGCACGUUGGUUGUUUAUCAUUGAUUCUACUGUGUUUCUUGUAUUUACUGUGAAUGUCAGCAAGAAAAUAGUUCUCAGGGUUGUAUAUGGUGACAUAUAUGUACUUUGAUAAUAAAUUUAC